GGCCUCUGACGCCGUCGUUGCCCCCGGGGCCGGCUCCCGCCCAGGCCGCUCCCGCGGACCGUUGGCGCCAGGCUGAAGUUCCACCCUCAGGCCCACCCCCGACCCUCCGAACCGCUACGGCGGCGGCGACCCAUGUGGGGGUUCAGGCUCCUGCGGUCGCCGCCGCUACUUCUUCUGCUGCCGCAGCUCGGAAUCGGAAUCGCCGCGUCCAGCUGUCACGCCGGAACCAUGAACCUGGGCAGCAACAGCAGCAGCGGCGCGCCCUGCUCCCCCUCGGCCGAGCCGCGCCGGCAGCAGUGCGUGCAGCUGUCCACGGUGCCGGGAGCCGACCCUCAGCGCUGCAACGAGCUGCUCCUGCUGGCGGCGGCGGCGGCGACGGCCGGGGAGGGACCAGGACGGCGGGACCUCUCUGGGGACCCGGCGAAGGAGGAGGUGCAACCGCCGCCCCAGCAUCACGUUGUCUAUUUCCCCGGGGAUGUGCAGAAUUACCAUGAAAUUAUGACUCGUCAUCCUGAGAAUUAUCAGUGGGAAAACUGGAGUCUAGAAAAUGUUGCCACCAUCUUAGCCCACCGGUUCCCCAAUAGUUAUAUUUGGGUGAUAAAGUGUUCCCGAAUGCAUUUGCACAAAUUCAGCUGCUAUGACAAUUUUGUGAAAAGCAAUAUGUUUGGUGCUCCAGAACACAGUACUGACUUUGGAGCUUUUAAGCACCUUUAUACGUUAUUAGUUAAUGCUUUUAACUUAAGUCAGAAGAGUUUGCUAUCAAAGAAGAAUGUGAAAGAUUUGAAUAAGGACUCCAAAGCGUCUAAUUGUCGAUCCACCUCUUCUCAUACUACUAAUGGUUGCCAGGGAGAAAAAGACAGGACCUGUGAAAAAUUUGAUGAGUCUGCUAUGAGUUUUUAUCCACCAUCAUUAAAUGGCGCUUCUUUUACUUUGAUUGGAUUCAGUAAAGGUUGUGUUGUUUUGAAUCAGUUGCUUUUUGAAUUGAAAGAAGCCAAGAAAGACAAGAACAUCGAUGCUUUUAUCAAAAACAUAAAAACAAUGUACUGGUUGGAUGGUGGUCAUUCUGGAGGAAGCAACACUUGGAUUACUUAUCCAGAAGUCUUGAAAGAAUUUGCACAAACAGGAAUAAUUGUUCACACCCAUGUAACACCUUACCAAGUACAUGAUCCAAUGAGAUCUUGGAUUGGAAAGGAGCACAAGAAAUUUGUUCAGAUACUUGGAGAUUUUGGUAUGCAGGUGACUAGCCAAAUUCAUUUUGCAAACGAUGCUCCUUCCAUAGAGAAUCACUUCAGGGUUCAUGAAGUAUUUUAGACUAUAAUACUAUUAAUGUAGAAGAGCAGAGCACUUUCAGAAAGUGUUAUGAUUCAGAUAAUGAGGAUGUAAAUUCAUAGAUGCAGUGUCAGUUUUUUUUCCUGGGCAUGGGGGGAAGGAAGCACACAUUCCUAAAAUAUGGGUGUAAUGUGCAAUACUGUUCCUUGUUUGUGAAUGUGAAUAGUUUUUAAUUGGGACUGGGUUAGAAUUAGUUCAUUUGAAAUUUAAAAGGUGGUUUGUGAUAAUCCUACAAGGAGAUAUAAGACCCUUAAAAAUGAAAAGUUACAAUACAGUCCUUAUAAAAGGCAGUUAAGAUUGUUAUUGUUGGAAAUAGUUUAUUUUCUGAGUAAUGUUUGAAACUAAUUUUGGUGAUACUUUAACAGUAAAUAUCUAUUUCGGACUCAAAACUUUUGAGUGGGAAUACUGUCUCUUCAAACAAAGUGAAGGCACACUGAUGUUUUCCAUCAUUUUGCAAUAACUAUACCCUGCCUCUUAUGUUUAUAAACUCAUGAAGUUAUUCUUCAAUGUGCCAGCAAGUGUUUUUUCUUAACAGUCAAAAUGUAUUUGUUUCCACAUAUCCAAGAAUGUGCAGUAGUACAGAGUUGGUUUUAAAAAUAUUACACUUAAGCACUGUGGCUUAAUUUUUAAUUGACAACUUUUGGAUAAGACAUUUUGGAGUUUCUUAAAUUUUGGCAAGAAAACAGUUCUUUUGAAAAUUGUUUCAGAUUGAACAUAAUUGUGGAUAUUGGGUAAAAAUACAGUACAGAUUUAAAAUCAUUUCAUCCUAUCAGUGUUCUGAAAGAGAUCAACUUAGGUAAAAUAUAAUCCUCUACUUGGUACAGCUCUAUUAAAAAGGAGACAGAUUCUAUAGAUCGAAGUCACUGUUUCUCCUGAAGCAUGAUUUUGUCUGCCAAAAGAAAGCAGUUCUCCUUGGCCAAAAUGCAAAAUUAUAUUGCUAUAAGAAAAGUUAAAAGGGAAAGUUUGAAGAUACAAAUGAUUUAAUUUUGGCUCAAAAACUGAAUUUGCUUAACACUGCUACAUAAAUUGGGUGAGGUUUCCUUCUGCCCAUUUUUCUUGACCUAGAUAAAUACAUUUUGACAAACCAAGAUCUAAUAAAUGUCAACCAACACCGAAACAUAGCUGUGUGUUACAAUGAAAGGUUAAUGGUCUUUUAAAAAUUGUUUAUUAAUACUUAGCUUCUGUGGGUCGUGAAAUAAUUAAGCAGGGAAGUAACAUGCUGCUUUCAGAUUGAAAAAACAGACUGAAGCUUAGUAUCUUAAUAACCCAGAGGGUCUAAAUAUAUAAAACCAUAAUUAAAAUGUUAAUUUCUUGGUUUCUUCCCAGAAUUAUAUUUUAAUGACUUUUGUAAGUACAUUCCAAAUAUUUAGAGACUUAUAAGAAAGGAUUUUUACUUAACAGAUACUUAAAAGUAAUAUCCCCUAAUUCUAUGAAUUGCAGAAUAGUAUGGUUUUCUAAAAGGAUUAAGUACAAUAGUUUUAUGUCGCUUUGGUUUCUUUUAAAUACCUGCUUUGAGACCAAAAAUUCCCAGCAAGGAAACAAGUCGGUCUGAUUCUAGCAUUUUAUUUAUUACCUUGUCUUAAAACACCAUUAUUGAUUGGCUCAUUUCAAUGUUUUAAUAAUCCUUGGUUAAAUUUAUGUGUAUCUAAUGUAAAUAGCUAAGUUACUAAGUAUUUUAAUGCAGGAGGAAGGAAAGGCGUUUAUUUUUACAGAAUUAACUAAAAUGGAAAAGUAUGACUUUUAGCAGAAGGAUUCAUUUAAAAAUCUGAGGUAUUUAAAGAUCUGGUCCUUGUAGCUAUCCCAUCUUACCUAUAAUUAUUAUAUGUUGAAUGCACAUUAAGAAUUACUCUCUGGGACACCUGGAAUUGCCAUUGCAUCAAAAUGAGACAGUGUUGAAAAGUAGAAUUAUUUUCUUGAAUGAAAAUAUAUUCAAGUUGAUCCAUAUUCAAAUAUUUUAAUACUUAAAAAUUUGUUCUUUUUCCAGAUUUGUUUAAAAUUGUUACAAAUGUUAGUGUUUCCUUUUGGACUGUGCUUUUGUGUUUGUGUCAUGAGUCAAUUGAGAAAAGUAGGCAAAUAAUGUUAAAGUUGUUACCGCCACAGCAUGAAUGUACAACUGUAUUAAAUUUAAUCCACAGAAGUCUAUUUGGAUGUGUGCUGUAUGUUAACUAGAUUUGUUUAAAACUUUAGAUUGUUAUUUAGAAAGAAGCUAUUUCUCUCCGC